AUGAGCACCUUAUUGUCAUCAUAUGAAUCCGAGUUCAAGGUUACAUUGGAGCAGGCCCGCUCUAGCCUUAACAACGCUGGCAGCGAACCAUUGCCUCAACGAAAUGCGGUGCUGAAACAGGUUGAACAGCAGCAGGAAGAACUCUUUGACCUCUUGGAUCAAAUGGAAAUUGAGGUUAACAAUAGUGUGCGUGACUCUCAGGAGCGUGCAGUUCACAAGGCAAAGAUAAGAGAGUACAAGAAACAAGUGCAAACAGCGUUGAAGCAGCCCUUGCAAAAGUUGAUUGAUUCUAGAGAUAGGGAUAUGUUGUUUGGUGAUAUGUCCGAUUCAGUACCUUCAACUUUGAAUGAUGAGCAAAGGCAACAAUUGUUGUCUAAUCAUAGUCUCUUGGCGAGCUCCGGGGAUAAACUGAGGGAUGCAACGAGGAUUGCGUCAGAAACAGAGGGUAUUGGAUCCCAAAUAAUGAUGGAUCUCAGGUCGCAGAGAGAAACGUUAGAAAAUUCCAGAAACACCUUGUUUCAGGCAGACUCUUAUGUUGAUAAGAGCAUAAGGACUUUGAAGACUAUGAGUAGACGAUUGGUCGCAAACAAGUUUAUAAGUUAUGCAAUCAUCGCGGUUUUGAUAUUGCUAAUCCUUUUGGUGCUUUUCUCUAAGUUUAGAUAA